GAGAGCGAACGUAAACAUAGACACCAAAUUUCAAUGCAGUUAUUAUAAGAGGUAAGAGCCAGUGCAUGUGUUAGCAUUUGGCUGGAUGAUCCCUGUAAAAUGUGCAUAGUAUUCGUGCGCUUUUUCGACGUGUAAUUGCAAGUUAAUGAAAGAAGAUGUCUUGCCGAUUGUUGCAAAUUCCCCGACCUAUCGAACGGCACAUGCUUCACUUGUUAGCCGGAAAAACUAAGGGGUCGUCGGCAACAAUAUCUCUGGGUAGUAGCUUCAUCUCGCGCGGACGUUUGAGCGGAGAAGCGACCUCAGAGUUUGGUUACAAAAGUCGACCACCGUUAGCUCUCGUUCUAAAUGAAGCCAAGUAUAAUUUUACAAGUUUACCGGGAAUUCGGCGCUGGCAAAAUCUAUUUGCAACACAGAAACCACUACAACCCGACAAGGAGGUGCAAAAGGAUGAUGCGCGUGCAUCUGAUCCGAAUCAGCAGAAAAGUCAAAACCAGCCACCGUGGCCUUUUGGGGCGGGACCUGGCGGCCCAGACGGGAAGAAAAAUCCAUUUAGCAAGCGACCGGGUGAUGAGGGCUCCGACAAACUCAUGCAGUAUGCCCUUUUUGGCGCAGUGGCGUUAGUGAGCCUCCUGGCAAUGAAUGAAAUGCGCUACAAGGAGAUCAGUUGGAAGGAAUUCAUACAGCAAUAUCUGGCUAGGGGACUAGUCGAGAAGCUUGAAGUCAUUAACAAGAAAUGGGUGCGCGUUCGACUUCAGCCCGGCGCAAGUGCUGACUCGAGUAUUCUUUGGUUUACCAUUGGUUCAGUUGAUUCGUUGGAGCGUAACUUGGAGAACGUGCAGCUGGAAAUGAACAUUGAGCCAUCGAACCAUGUUCCUGUAGUCUACAAACAAGAACUCGACAGCCUGAGCCUGUUCUCGCAUUUACCUACCAUACUUUUACUUGGUUUCAUUAUAUGGUCAUGGAGACGCGGCAUAGGUGGUAUAAUGAGUGGUGGCAAAUCGCGCGGCGGCAUCUUUGGCAUUGGUGAAAGUACAGCGAAGCUCAUAAAUCCAGCUGAUAUCGGAGUAAAGUUUCGGGAUGUGGCUGGCUGUGAGGAAGCCAAGCUGGAAAUUAUGGAAUUUGUAAACUUUUUGAAGAACCCUCAGCAAUACAUUGAUCUUGGUGCCAAGAUCCCAAAAGGCGCAAUGCUCACCGGUCCUCCCGGAACCGGCAAAACCCUUCUUGCGAAGGCCACAGCCGGUGAAGCUAAUGUGCCAUUCCUGUCUGUGUCCGGAUCAGAGUUUCUUGAAAUGUUCGUCGGCGUUGGCCCAUCUCGAGUUCGUGACAUGUUUGCCAUGGCACGGAAAAACGCCCCAUGCAUAUUGUUCAUUGAUGAAAUUGACGCCGUUGGUCGAAAGCGUAGUGGACGCAACUUCGGUGGACAUGCUGAGCAGGAGAAUACGCUAAACCAACUCCUAGUCGAAAUGGACGGCUUCAACACGACAACAAAUGUCGUUGUUCUGGCAGCCACCAAUCGGAUGGAUAUCUUAGAUAAGGCUUUGCUGCGUCCAGGUAGGUUUGACCGACAAAUAUUCGUCUCCGCUCCAGACAUUAAGGGGCGUGCCAGCAUCUUUAAAGUACACUUACAGAAACUAAAGACGAAUCUUGACAAGAACGACCUAUCAAGAAAAAUGGCGGCUCUAACUCCCGGUUUCACAGGUGCGGACAUUGCUAACGUUUGCAAUGAAGCCGCACUGAUCGCCGCGCGUGACCUUUCCGAGAGUAUUGAGAUGAAGCACUUUGAACAGGCAAUCGAACGAGUGGUAGCCGGAAUGGAGAAGAAAACUAAUGUACUGCAACCCGAUGAAAAGAAAACGGUCGCGUUUCACGAGGCUGGACAUGCUGUGGCUGGCUGGUUUCUACAACACGCCGAUCCUUUACUUAAAGUUUCAAUAAUCCCUCGCGGUAAGGGACUUGGCUAUGCCCAGUAUCUACCGAAAGAGCAGUACCUUUACACAACGGAGCAGCUGUUUGACCGUAUGUGCAUGACUCUCGGUGGCCGCGUCAGCGAGCAGAUAUUCUUCAACAAGAUCACCACUGGCGCUCAGGAUGAUCUCCAGAAGCACAAUCUCCAGGUGACAAAGAGUGCCUACGCCCAGGUAGUCCAGUUUGGUAUGAAUCCCAAGGUUGGUAAUCUAUCGUUUGAAAUGCCUCAGUCUGGAGACAUGGUUCUGGAAAAACCUUACUCUGAAGAGACGGCGCAACUUAUUGACUCCGAGGUUCGGAUUCUUGUCAAACGAGCCUACGACACGACAAUGGAACUACUUACCAAGCACAAAGCUGAUGUCGAAAAGGUGGCUCAGCGGCUCCUUGCCAAGGAGAUCUUAAAUCGUGAGGACAUGAUUGAACUUCUCGGAAAGCGGCCUUUCCCAGAGAAGUCUACGUACGAGGAGUUCGUUGCGGGAACCGGUUCGUUUGAGGAAGACACCACGUUACCGAAGGGCCUCGAGAAUUGGAACAAGCCCCAGGACAAUGCAAAGGGUGCCGAGAUAAAGCUUGGCCAAAAUGCGGCCGAAAGUAAUACGCAAGCGGAUUCAAAAAAAUUAACAGAUAAAAAAAAACAGGGAGGGGACAAGAGUCAAUCGUAGAACUGAGUUAUUUGUAGCAAUUGGGAUUUUAACUUAACGUAAAUAAUUAUAAUGAGGAAUUAUGAUGUUGCAUUGUAAGUUGUUGCGAAAAGACGCAGUUAUGUACUGAUGCGGGUAGAUGCGAGAGUGGCAAGUGGCUUUCUGGAUGGUGAUGUAUCAAAAAAAUAAACUGUUUCUUAUAAGUAUAUUUAAA